AUGUCCGGCGAGAAGGUCCUCAAUUGCAAGCUCCAAACUCAGUUGGAGCAACGUGAGCGCCAAAAGCGCCUCAUGCAACCCCCCAGCCCCGGGAUGGUUAAUCAACUCGUCGACUUCGGGUCCAACGACACCUUAUCCAUUGCGACCUCGCGGGCGCUGACCCAGGGCUUCCGGGAGCAACUGGACGCACACCCCAACUUCAUUGUGGGCAGCACCUCGACCCGCAUCUUCGAGGGCACAACACACUAUCUGAACGACAUCGAGCGAGACCUGGCCAGCUUCCACAAGGCGGAGGCGAGCCUGUUCUUUAAUUCCGGUUUCGACGCCAACGUCGCCCUGUGGUCGAUCGUUCCGCGUCCGGAUGACGUGGUCAUGCAUGACGAGUACAUCCAUGCCAGCAUCCACGACGGGAUGCAGCGCGGUCGCGCACAGACUCGGUCGUUCGCGCACAACGACCUGAAAGAAUUCCGGCGUGUUCUCGAGGACCUCCGCGAUAACCAGAAGGGAUCCAGGGACGGCAAGAGCGUGAUCUUUGUGGCGGUCGAGUCGUUCUACAGCAUGGACGGCGAUGUGGUUCCCAUCCAGGAGAUGCUGCGCAUUUCCCGGGAGGUGCUCCCGCAGGGCAAUGUGGUGUAUGCCAUGGAUGAGGCGCACUCGAACGGGUUGAUCGGACGGGAUGGAUCUGGCCUGGUGUGUCAUUACGGAUUGGAGAAGGAGAUUGGGAUCCGGGUGCAUACUUGCGGCAAGGGGAUGGGGUCGACGGGGGCCGUUGUCCUUUGCUCGGAGACCAUGCGCAUGUCCAUGAUCAACUAUGCGCGCAAUAUCGUGUUUUCGACGGCGCCAUCGUUCGUCACCGUCGCGGCUGUGCGCGCGGGCUACGAGUUGGCUGCAAGCGAGGAGGGCGAGCGGCGACGAUGUCGAUUACAAGAGAACACGCGCUACUUCGAGCGCAUGGUGACUAAGCACAAGCAAUGGGCCGAAGUCAGCAAGCAGGGUGUAAUUCAAAUUCCCGGAUCGGAGGACUGGGGAUCGGGUCCUUUUGAGACACCUAUAUUUGCCUUGGUCACCCCAGGUGGCGAGGAGAAUGAGCUCGCGGACCAUAUCCGGGGGAAUGGGUAUUGGGUCGACUCAGUGCAUUAUCCGAUUGUGCCAAAGGGGCUGGGACGGGUCCGGCUCACGGUGCAUGCGGAUAAUACCAAGGAGCAGAUCGAGGGCGUGGUUGGGGUGUUUAUGGAGUGGGCGGGAGCUAGAGUCGGGAAGCAGGGCAGGAGGGCCAAGUUGUAG